AGCAGAGAUGCCCGCCAGGUUCGAGGAUGUUUCUUCUGACACCAGACAUGGUGUUCCCAGAGAUCUGGGGAACGGAAACCAUUAUGACAUACGGCCUUUUCAUGAUGAAAUUGUAAUAUCAGGCUUCUCAGGUCGUUUGCCUGAGAGUUCCAACAUUGAGGAGUUUAGGAAUAAUCUCUUCAAUGGUGUCGACAUGGUCAAUGAUGAUCCACGUCGUUGGCCUAGUGGUCUGUAUGAUCUACCUACGCGUCUGGGAAAAAUAAAGCAGGAAGAUCUGGAAAACUUUGAUCAAACCUUCUUCGGUGUUCAUCAGAAGCAAGCCGAAGGGAUGGAUCCUGUUCUUCGAAUGCUUCUCGAGUCAACUCAUGAAGCAAUUAUAGAUUCAGGGUACAAUCCUCAGGAUUUGCGUGGUUCGCGUACCGGUGUAUACAUUGGUGUGUCAGCAUCAGAGACAGAACAGUACUGGUGCAGUGAUCCAGAUUUGGUCAAUGGAUAUGGCUUAACGGGAUGUGCUCGAGCAAUGUUUGCCAACCGACUUUCAUUCACGUUUGAUUUUUGUGGUCCUAGCUAUGCUGUGGAUACAGCAUGCUCCAGUUCCCUCUAUGCAAUGGCUCAGGCAUUCGAAGAUAUUCGUGCUGGACGUUGUGAUGCUGCCAUUGUUGCUGGGGCUGGUAUCAUCCUUAAACCCACAAUGUCAUUGCAAUUUAAGAGGUUGAACAUGUUGAGUGCUGAUGGAGCUUGUAAGGCAUUUGAUGAAUCCGGAGCUGGAUAUGUGCGAUCAGAUGGAUGCGUUGUGACAUUUUUGCAGAGAGCUAAAGAUGCCCGCCGAGUAUAUUCAACGAUCCUCAAUAUACGAACAAAUACCGAUGGUGCCAAGGAGCAGGGUAUAACAUAUCCGAUUGGUGAAAUGCAGAAGAAACUCAUUAAAGAGACAUUCGAAGACAUUAAUCUCAAUCCACACGAUGUUGUGUAUGUCGAAGCUCAUGGUACUGGAACUAAAGUUGGGGAUCCACAGGAAGUAAAUGCAAUCUGUGAUUUCUUCUGCAAGGAUCGGAAGACACCUCUUCUCAUUGGGUCGGUAAAAUCUAAUAUGGGUCAUUCGGAACCAGCAUCAGGGGUGUGUUCCAUUGCUAAAAUGCUUAUCGCCAUGGAGGAAGGGGUCAUUCCAGGAAAUUUGCAUUACAAAAACCCAAAUCCAGAUCUAUAUGGCAUACUUGAUGGCCGUAUGAAAGUCGUGGACAAGAACACUCCAUGGAAUGGAGGUAUCAUUGCUCUCAAUUCAUUUGGUUUUGGUGGGGCCAAUGCUCAUGUCAUUAUGAAGUCAAAUCCAAAGCCCAAAAAUAUCAGCCCAGUAGAUGGAUCAGCACGUUUGGCUGUUGUCUCCGGGCGUACUAUCGAUGCUGUCCAAACUCUCUUAGAGGACAUUGAGGCACAUGCAGAAGAUGAAGAGUAUUUGGCACUAGUGAAUGAAAUUCACACUAAGAAUAUUCCUCUACAUAACUACCGUGGGUAUACUGUUGUGAACAAGGGUGAACCUCUGCGUGAAGUAAUUGAGUUGACUGAAACAAAGCGCCCCAUAUGGUUCGUGUACUCAGGUAUGGGUUCCCAAUGGGCCCAUAUGGCAAAAGAAUUGAUGCAAAUUGAUGUCUUCAGCAAGAGCAUUCAUCGAUGCGCUGAAGCUCUGCGUCCCGAAGGCAUCGAUCUGAUUGAUGUUGUGACAAAAUUGGAUGAAUCUCGUUUCGACAUAUUGAAUUCAUUCGUUUCAAUUGCUACCUUGCAAGUGGCUCUUACUGAUGUCCUGACGCAUUUGGGCAUUAUUCCUGAAGGCAUUGUAGGUCAUUCUGUUGGAGAAUUGGGUUGCGCUUACGCUGAUGGAUGCUUUACACCUGAACAAACCGUUCUUGCAGCGUAUUGGCGAGGAAAGAGUAUUCAAGAUACCAAUCUGACACCUGGAACUAUGGCAGCUGUUGGGCUUUCAUGGGAAGAAUGUUUAAAACGCUUGCCAAAGGAUAUCAUUCCUGCCUGUCACAACAGCACAGAUAGCGUUACGAUAUCUGGACCUACAGAAUCUGUCAACAAGUUUGUGGAAAUCCUGAACAAGGAAGGAGUAUUUGCAAAGGCUGUCAAUUCAUCGGGAAUAGCUUUUCAUAGCAAGUACAUUGCGGAUGCAGGUCCGAAGUUGAAGAAGUCUCUUGAUAAGAUCAUUCCAAAUCCAAAGAAUCGCACAGAUCGAUGGGUAAGUUCGAGCAUUCCAGAGAGCGCAUGGAAUACACCAUUGGCCAAGCAAAGCUCUGCAGCUUACCAUGUGAACAAUCUUCUGUCCCCUGUGUUAUUCCAUGAAGCAAUUAAACACAUUCCCAAGAAUGCCAUUUGCAUUGAGGUAGCACCUCAUGGGCUUCUUCAGGCCAUUCUAAAGCGAUCCCUUGGAAAGGAUGUGACUAACUUGAGUCUCGUGAAACGAAAUCAUGAGAACAACCUCCAAUUUCUGCUGAGUAACAUUGGAAAGCUCUAUGGAGCUGGGGCACAGCCAGCUGUUAACAAGCUCUUCCGUCCAGUAUCAUUCCCUGUGGGACGUGGAACUCCUAUGCUCAACUCUAAAAUUGAAUGGGAUCACUCCCAAAGGUGGAUAGUACCUUACUUUGGAUCAGAUAGUACCUCUGGUGAGACACUUGUGGAUUUCAAUCUUAGCAACGAGGAAGAUGCCUUUUUGAUGGGACACACCAUUGAUGGUCGAGUUCUUUUCCCCGCCACGGGAUACAUAACGCUUGCUUGGCGCCAAUUUGCUAAAACUCAAGGAAAUAACUAUGAUCGUUUGCCAGUUGUUUUGGAAAACCUUGUAUUUCACCGUGCUACAAUUCUGCCCGCAGAUGGUUCAGUUAAGUUUGGAAUUAAUUUCUUUGAUGGCUCAGGAAAGUUUGAAAUCUGUGAAGGUGGCUCCUUAGCUAUGUCAGGAACUAUUCGAGUUUCUGAAAAUAUUGAUCAAGAAGAGUUACCACUGGAUCCUGUUCCUGAAUCCAAAAAUGGCUUGAUAUUAGAUACAAAUGAUGUCUAUAAGGAAUUACGACUUCGUGGAUAUGAUUACAAUGGACCCUUCCGUGGUGUUGUGCAUACAGAUUCCAAUGCAGACACAGGAAGUUUGGAAUGGGCUGAGAAAAAUUGGGUGAGCUUUAUGGAUACUAUGCUUCAAUUUAGUAUCAUGGGAAAGGACUUGCGUGAAUUAUACUUGCCGACUCGCAUUGAAAAAGUCAUCAUUAACCCAGAAAAGCAUCUUGAAUUAGCUGAGGAAUAUAGCACAUCUGAACGAGAAAGAUCCGUUUUCCCUGUGUAUAUGUAUAAGGAUAUCAAUGUUAUCAAGAGUGGUGGAAUAGAAAUGCGUGGACUGCGAGCAUCCUUAGCUCCAAGACGCCAAGGCUCCCAAGCUCCACCCAAAUUGGAGAGAUAUACCUUCAUACCAAAUUAUAAUAGUCACGAUCUCUCAGAGCAAUCAGAUGUUUCAAGGGAGCAUGCUAUCACAAGUGCUGUACAUCUCGCAAUUGAGAAUUGCAAAGGAGCUCUUAAAAUCAAAACGGCCGAGUUGCUCCUAGAUAGAGCGCCAGAGGCACUUUUGAGCACAGUUGUACAACGAAUAAUUGAAAAUGAGCCCACACUAGCAAGCGAUGUAGCUAUCGUAACAGCCCACAGUACACCUCAAUUGCAGCAAUUAGUAAAAGAUGUGGAGAUCCGCCUUGUUGCCAAGGAUAUCACUGCUGGACCUGUAGAAUCGGGUUGCCACUUGUGUAUCGCUGCGGAUGUUCUCACACGUCCCAAUUCUGAAGUAAUAUUGAGGAAUCUCAAGGAAUCCAUCAAAGAAGAUGGUUUCAUCCUGCUUGAAGAAUCUGCCUUAGAAAGCAGCAAUCGUGACAACAAGCUCUUUGCCAAACUGAACUAUGUUGUAGUUUCGUCCCAAAUGUGCUCCAAGAGGGAAUUUAUUCUCCUACGUCCAGCUUUUGAUGUAAAAUCUGUGAAUAUCCAAGUGAUUAAUGUGACCGAAAAGAAUUUCGAUUGGUUGGAAAAUCUUAAGUUGUCCAUUCUUACGGCAGAAAGCGAGAAUAAAUUGGUUUAUGUUGUAUGCCAGGGUGAGGAGUUGUUUGGCGCUGUAGGCUUCAUAAACUGCGUCAAGAAUGAGGCAGGUGGUAAAUAUGCAAGAUUAUUCUUCAUCCAAGACACCGAUGCGCCGGCAUUCUCUCUUUCACAUCCUAUCUAUGCGAAUCAAGUGGCAAAGGAUCUAAUUACAAAUGUACUUAAGAACAAUACAUGGGGAACUUUCCGGCACCUCAAGUUGGAGUAUCAACCGAAUGUGCCGAGUCUGCAAGUCGAACACGCAUAUGUUAAUGCUCUAACAAAGGGAGAUUUAUCCAGCUUGAAAUGGAUUGAGGGACCUCUCUGCCGCGAUCGGCCAGACCCUAAAGAUCCUCGUGUUGAGCUUUGCACUGUUUAUUAUGCGCCUGUUAACUUCCGUGAUGUAAUGUUAAGUUCCGGAAAACUUGCUGCUGAUGCACUACCAGGAGACCUGGCACAGCAAGACUGUAUUCUUGGAUUAGAAUUUUCUGGACGUGAUACAAAGGGAAAUCGUAUUAUGGCAAUGGUAUCAGCAAAAUCACUUGCAACAACAUGCGUUGUGCAGAAAAAUAUGCUGUGGCGCGUACCAGAUUCUUGGACACUUGAACAAGCAUCAACAAUCCCAUGUGUCUAUUCUACUGUGUAUUAUGCGCUUGUGAUGCGCGGCAAAAUGAAGAAGGGUGAGAGUAUUCUUAUUCACGCUGGAUCUGGUGGUGUUGGACAAGCUGCUAUUUCUGUUGCUCUCAACGCCGGGCUAAAGGUAUUCACGACGGUUGGAAGCAAAGAGAAGAGAGAAUUCCUCAAGAAAACCUUCCCACAGUUGACGGACCAACACAUUGGUAAUUCGCGUGAUUGUUCAUUUGAACAAUUAAUUAUGCGUGAGACUAAAGGCAAAGGUGUGGAUUUGGUACUGAAUUCUUUGGCUGAAGAGAAACUUCAAGCAUCAGUAAGGUGUCUUGGACUCAAUGGGCGAUUCUUGGAGAUUGGAAAAUUCGAUCUAAACAACAACAGCCCCCUGGGCAUGUCAGUAUUCCUCAAAAACACCAGCUUCCAUGGAAUUCUCCUGGACAGUGUUAUGGAAGGUGAUGACGAGACCAUUGCUACAGUAGUACAACUCGUAAAUGAAGGUAUCAAGAAUGGUGCUGUCCGACCACUGCCUACAAGUGUGUUUGCUGAUCAACAAGUGGAGCAAGCUUUCCGUUUCAUGGCAUCUGGUAAGCACAUCGGAAAGGUGGUCAUCAAAGUACGUGACGAAGAGAAGCAGAAGCAACUUAUUCCACCACCUAAGCUCAUCUCUGCAAUUCCGCGAACUUACAUGCACAAAGAGAAGACAUAUGUGAUUGUAGGUGGUCUGGGUGGAUUUGGCCUCGAGCUUAUUCAUUGGUUAAUUUCUCGAGGUGCAAAGAAUAUCGUUGCCACGUCCCGCAGUGGAAUUAAGACCGGCUAUCAAUCUCUGAUGGUUCGUCGAUGGAAGGAAAAGGGUGUAACUGUGGUGGUGGACAAAAAUGAUGUAACUACACAGAAGGGAGCCCAGCAGCUACUCAAAGAGGCCAGCAAAUUGGGUCCUGUUGGUGGAAUUUUCAAUUUAGCCGCCGUGCUUCGCGAUGGGCUAUUUGAAAAUCAACAGCAGGUUGACUUCCGCACAGUGUGUCUUCCUAAAGUCGACGGCACAAAGUUCCUCGAUACUGCUUCACGAGAGCUCUGUCCUGACUUGGAUUACUUUAUCUGCUUCUCCAGUGUAUCAUGUGGACGCGGUAACAUUGGUCAGGUGAACUAUGGAUUGGCUAAUUCUGCAAUGGAGAGAAUAUGCGAAGCUCGUCAGGUUGCUGGUUAUCCUGGUACGGCCAUUCAAUGGGGAGCAAUUGGUGAUACAGGUCUGGUACUUGAACACCUGGGUGACAAUGAAACCAUAGUGGGUGGUACUCUGCCCCAGAGGAUGGUAUCUUGCUUGCAGACAAUGGAUCUAUUUUUACAACAACCUCACCCUGUGUUGGCAUCAAUGGUGGUGGCGGAAAAGAGGAAGGCUGAUAAUACUGGACGAAUGAGUCUCGUGACAUGCAUAGCAAAUAUCCUUGGACUCAAGGACUUGAAGAAUAUUUCUAACUCAUCAACACUAGCAGAUUUGGGUAUGGAUUCACUGAUGGGUGCAGAAAUUAAACAAACUCUUGAGAGGAAUUACGAUUUGGUACUAAAUGCACAAGAGAUCAGGCAACUUACGUUUGGAAAACUAAAGGCUUUUGAGAGUGGAGCUACAACGCCAUCGCCUGUUUUGGGCAGCUCUAUGUCUAACAAAGAUGACUUGGAUGCUGAAAAUGAGAUGGCUGUGCAAGCUGAAUUCUCCCAAGAGCUUAUGCCAACUGAAGUAUUGGUGCGUCUUUCAUCAAAUGCAACGGAAAAUAGCAAACAGAGACCAUUGUUUGUGAUACACGCUAUUGAGGGUGUUGUAGCAGCUUUGAAACCAUUGGCAGCAGAGCUGAAUUGUCCAGUUUGGGGCCUUCAAUGUACUGCUGAUGUUCCCCUUGAAUCGAUUCAGCACAUCGCGAAAUUCUACAUUAACCAAAUGAAGACAAUUCAAAGUAAGGGUCCCUAUGUUCUCGCUGGGUAUUCCUAUGGCGCAGCCGUUGCAUACGAAAUGGCAUGGCAGCUUGAGCGUGAGCUCAAAGAGAAAAGUAGUGUGAUCAUGUUAGAUGGAUCUCCGCGAUAUGUGAGUUCUCACACGCAAUCCCAGAAGCAGAGAUCAGCAAUUGCUGGAUCUCAAGCCCACGAUGAAGCGUAUUCGCUUGCAUAUUUUGCCAUGGUUGCCGGGCACCUUGACUAUUCAGCUGUUGGGAAAGAACUAGAAAUUCUCCCUACAUACGAGGACAGAUUGAGGAGAUGCACAGAAUUGGUUCACGAAGUUACCAAGCAUAAUCAUGAACUGAUAUCUGUCACAGCAAGCACAUUCUAUAAGAAGUUAUUGGCUGGUGAUACAUACCAACCAACCGGGAAGAUAAUGUCUGACGUGACUCUCAUUAAAUGCACAUCUGGUGUCACCAAAUUUUCCGAAGACUAUGAUUUAAGCGGGAUUUGCGAAAAGGAAGUGAAAAUUCAUUCUGUCGAAGGGAAUCACCGAACAUUCCUUACUGGAGAAUCUGUAAGGAAAGUUGCAGAAAUUGUACAGACUAUAGUUAAUUAGUUGUAUAGUUUUCUGAUGUUAUUUUUUCGUAUAUAAAUUAAGGAAUUUUAUCAUUAUUUUAUAGAAAAAUCACAUUUUGUACAACAUUCCAUUCACUUUAUUUUUCAUUUCUUUUCUUUUCACAACCAUAAGAGAAUCCACUUUACAUAGUGAAUUUAUGUAAUCAAUAAAUAUUUUACACAAUUUUAUGUCACUGAAAGAAUUCAAGAUGUGCGUAAUUAAAUUACACAUUUUCUGUGAAAUUUACUAAUAAUAAAGGGAUCUUCUAUGUUAGUAAGGUAUAGUAAAAUAUUUUGUGAAAUACUCGUUAGAAUUUAAAUUUACAAGUUAAAGGAAGAAAAGAAAUUUACACAUGGCUUUAUUAUUUAAUUUUGGGGAUAAUCACAACACACAAAUUUUUGUAAUGAAUUGCACUUAUAAAAGAAAAAAUGCACUUCUAAAAGAAAAAAAAAACUUGUAAUUACAUGUCAUACCAAAAUAAAUUUUUGUCUAUAUAUAAAUUA